AUUCCGAGGAGAAACCUCGGCCAGACAUAGGAUCGCGGUUUGUGUCCGAACUGCUGGAUAAUAAAUCACUUGUGUUCUUUACGCUUUCUGCUUUACAUUUCAUCGCAUCUAAUUAUCGAAUCAUUCACACAAGAUCGAACAUAAUAUGACUCUAAACGGAUGUAUGUCAAGCUAGAUCUCUCAAGAGAUGUGUGCGUUGAAUUGAGUUGAUUUAAGAGUAUAAUGCAAUCUAGUACUGGUAAGAAAAUGAAAAAUGUAAUUAUAUACAUAAAUUGCUCUGUCUUACAAAAAUUAUGCAUACUAUUUUUAGCAUUCUAUUUUUGAGAUUUAAACCGCCUCAAAGGCUCAAGCAACCACUUCAAACCUUUUCUUACCAAGUCAAUUGAUUGGGAUCAACUUCUAAUUUAUGAGACUACACUUUGAGAUAUGAUAAUUGAAUGUGAGAGUUGGUUGAUGGUUAAGUGUGUUGAUUCUUGGUAUUGUGUGUACAGGAAAGAUCUGAAGUAGAGAUGAGCCUUGAAAAAUUAGAAUGGAAUAAAGAGUUUGUUCUUGCUAUUUUUAUGAUUUUCUAAAGACAUCAUGUUGAACGCUUUGUUGGAUUUCUUAUAGAAUUUACUCAAAGUCUGCUUGACACAAUAAAAUCAAGCGAAUAGUUACAUACAUCCACUAAGAGUUCAUGUUUAUCUCCUUCAAUCACCCGGAAAUUCGAACUUCAGCUAAGUAAAAAUUACCAAUCGUUAAUAACUAAUAGUUCCCAAAUUAAAAAAAAUUUAAUGAAAAAUGUGAUUUUUAAAAUAAAAACUUAUUGGAUAAAAUUAGAGGUAAAUGGAAGAUAAUAGAGUCGUGUGUUUAAGGAAUAAAAGAAGACGACGUAAAUUUCAAUAAACCUUGUUAUUUUGUUGUUGUUUAUGGUUGUUAACAAAAUAAUGAUAAUGACAAUUUCAUAAAUAAAUGAAGGUGGUAAAGUUGUUCGAUAUAUUUUUUGACUUUCAAAAAUAAAUAUAUAAUGGUAUUUUUGUAAACAACUUGAUAUGUUAGGGAUGAAAUAUGAAAAUAAAAAUAUACAGUAAAUUGAAAAACUGGUUAGUUUUGUUUGUGUUAAGAGUUUUGGGUUGGUUUUGCAAUGAAUCCUAAUAUUUUAGGUAAUAAACUGAAUUUUAGAAAUUCGGUAUCCAUUAAGUUUUCGAUUAGAUUUCUGUUCGAUUUUAUUUUAUUUUUGGUAUAAAAAAUCGUUCAGAUAUUUGUUAACAUCAAUUCCGUUUCAAAUUUUUUGUUCGGUUUUGGUUCUCGGUUUCAUUGUCCAAGGCUAGGAAAGGUAGUAUUUGCGUUUUAUUUUAUAACUCUAACUCUAAGUAGGUAAUAUUGGCUUUUAUUUUAUAUCUCAAGUCAAUGGUCUUUUAGUUUUGGCGUUUUUAGUGACCAUUUCAAAACAAAACAAAAGAGGUAUCCCAUGGCCCCAUAGGAAGAAAAUUGAAGGACUCAAGAAUUUACUUCGAAGGUGAUAAGUUGACUUGACUUUACAAUAUAUCGAACCUUCCAACUCACAAAUCACAAUUCACGAAUAGUAUAUUGUUUGCACUCAGGACUGAUUCAAAUCAUACAAAAAAUUAAAUUUUUUGAUUUAAAAUGUUUAUUUAUAGAUAAAUGUAUUGUUUUGUCGUGCAUAAUAUGCAUCUCUAACGAUCUAAAAAAUCUUUAACAAACAAAACAAAAAAGGAACAGAUCGAUUGCACAUAUUUAUUAGAAGAAAAAUAUUUUCUUAAUUUUGACAAUAAUUAUAACUGCAAAAAAUAAACUAUUUAAUACUUGUGAAUACCAUUUAAGGGCCAAAAUUUAGAAAAAAUAAACGAAUCUAAGAAAAUUAUGCAAAUUGUUUUUUUUUUUGUGCACAUCAAAUUGGUUUGUUAAAAAUGAAAUAUAAUAUGUAAGCAGUUCUUUUCAGUUGAUCAUAUUUAACUGGAAGAAAUCUAUACUAUUAAAAGAAAAUCAGUUUUGAAAAAUCUACUUAUAAAAGAUUGUUAGACCCUUUCACUAGAUUAUUAAUAUUUUUGUCUUAUCUUAAAUUUAUACUAACAAUAUAUUACCAUAUAUUUCUUUAACAAUGAUUUAAUCAAUUUAAUAGGUGAUAUAACUAGAUUUCCUAAAUUUUCUAAGAUUUGCCUUAAAUAAAAUAUUUUAAAUUUUUGUGACAUGAAUCAAAGCCAUCUGUGAUACUUAUAUAUUUGUCGAUCAUAUCUACAAUAUAGCCUAAAAGAUAAUUAGCUAUAUAUUAAUUAAUAAUAAAUAAUACUCAUUUCUUUAAUGUAAACAAAAUAUUGUGAGAUUCACGAGUGGACUAUCAUUAUUUAAACACAUGACAUAUAGACUAUGCAAUCAGAAAAUAUUUACUUACAGUUUUAACAAUUUAUGGUUCACGACUUCGUAUAAUUUUGACUGGUAAAGCUAAAACUACACAUAUCAAACACAUAUCAGAUCUACUGAAUACACAAGUUUAACAAUAUUGAUUUUUAUAUUUGUAUAUAGUCCAUGGAGUUUAUAUUAAAAUGAUUUACAGUUAUAUAUUUGUCAACCUUAGAGCAGUGUCCCUGAAUGUGUAUAUAUGUGGAAGGAUAAUCUUAAACUCUAAAUCCUGAAAAUAAUAAAUAUAUAUACUGGUGUAUAAAAUAUAUGGUCAGUGAAAUUUUGUCUACCUUAAUAUAUUUACAAAAUGGUUCAACUAAUUCCCCUUAAUAAAAUGGUCCAAACAAUAUAGGUUCGUUAAUACUUCACAUCCACGCAAGGUGCAAAACCGCUAUAACAAUCGCAAAUGUUUUCAUAUGUUCAAUAGUAUAGAUAUUCUUAAUACUGAAAAAUAUGAAUCACUCAAAAAUGUGAAUAAAAAUGUGGAUUAUUAAUACUGAAAAAACUGAAUCACUCCAAUAUUCUUAUAAGAAAUAUUUAAAUUUAUCUGAAUUAUCCGAUAUUUCAUCCAAAAAUAAAAAUAUGACUUUUACCUGAAUUAUUUAAGAUUAUCCUUAAAGCGAGAACCAAACGAGAACCGAAUUGAACUCAAGAUUUUAACAGGUUUUUAAGAUUGGUAUCUAAAACAAACUAAAAACCAAAACAACUAAACUGAAACCAAACUCAAACUUAUAAAUAACUAAACAGCUCCUAUAUUUCUUGAAUAAAAGAAUCAAAAAUCGAAUCAAAACCGAACUAAAACCCUAAAAAGAACUGAAUCGAAACCGAACGCGUAGCUUUAAACAUAUUAGUGAACUAACAAAUAAUAAGUUUAUCAAUAAAAAAAAUCCUGCACUUUUAAGCGCAGGUCAAAAUCUAGUUUGUCUUUUAAAAUAUUUUCCUAAAUAUUAUGUUGAUUAAGUAAAUUAAAUUACACAUCUAGAAACUAUAAUGCUAUACGGCUAUUUCAAAAAAUAAUUGAGGGCAGAUUAUAAUAGGGGGAAUAUGCAAAAUUAUAUGAGAAAUUAUAUGAGAUGGUACAUCAUUGGAAUGUUUUAUUUACAUAUACUUCAACAUUAUGUAUUAUUAAAAAACAAAUCUUCGGAAACAACCAAAGAUGAGGACAUGUAGCUUGAGCUUGUGUUAUAAUUAUCGACAUCUCCAUCACAGAAGUUCAAAUCCGACAUAACCAAUGUUACUGAAAAAAUUAUCAUCACAAAAAAAAUUGUUGUUUUCUUAAUAAAAAAAACAUAAACUAAGUAAAAUUAACGUAUGAAUAAAUCCGAAAUAAUCAAACCCAAAAGAAAAACAAGACGCGUUGCGUUUGAAUGCUUCAAAAGAGAAGAUAAAUUGUUUUAGCCAAAAAAAUAAAAUAAAUAACGAAGUCAAGCGCAACCCAUCCACUCAUCUAUAAAAGGAGAAAUAGAUUCCCAAACUUGUUUCUCAUUCACCAUUCUUCACUCAGUUCAAAGAGGAGAUAAAGAGAAAAUGACGGAAUUUCAGAAACAAGAAAGAGGAGUGAAGAAGAUGAAGAUAGUCGCUAAGAUUAUAGCCUUGGCUUCCAUUUUCUCUCUUCUUCUAUCUUACUCUUCUUUAGUCUCCUCUCUUCAACAAAGUCUCCAUUUGCUUUCCAUGUAUAUCAGCCUUGUGGACAAGAAGUACAUGUUCUUGUUAUGCAAUGGUAUUGUAGGCUUUAUCAUGGGAAAUUUCAAAACCCUUUUGCACGGCAGUACUGCCAUGAACAUCGUUGAAGAAACGGAAGAACUAAGGAUCAACCACAUGCGAAAAUCAGAAAUGAAGAGAGUAGUGGCGCUACUUGGAGAACAGCGUGUAUCCAAAAAAGAAGAGGGAGAAGUAGUGGCACUACUUGGAGAACAGCGUGUAUCCAAAGGAGAAGUAGUGGCACUAGUUGGAGAACAGUGUGUAUCCAAAGAAGAAGACGGAGAAGAAAGGGUUGAUUUAUUUCGAGAAGAAGAAGUUACAAUAGUCUUUGAGGAUGACAAUGGAGGUAAAGACCUCACUGUCAUUACAAUAGAUGAGCAUGAUGAUGAUGAGAUAAAUGACAACUUAUUAAGUUCUGAAGAUUUGAACAAGAAAUGUGAGGAGUUCAUCAGAAGGAUGAAGGCUGGGAUCAGAUCAGAGUCCCGGACGUUACUUACCUCUUAGAUAUGUGAUUGUUUUUAGAGCAUAUUUAUCAGCUUAGCGUUACUAUAUUCACAUUCUCUUUUUUUGUUUGUUGUUGAAUAGAUUCUGUAUUUUGGUAAAUUUUAAUCACUGUAACAAGAAACUAAGAAUCCAAACCAA